AUGCAUAAACGACCAUAUAUUCCCCUCUUGCUUUUUUUUUCUCUUGGCAUCUCUCUCCGUCAGCAAACGCAAAAAAAAAAAAAAAGAGGGUACGUAUUCAUGGAGGAGAGGUUCCUGAAGACUCGUGCGGAGCGGGAAGAGGCGCGGCAGCAGAAGACGGCUGUUCCCUCCUCCGUCACGUGGGACAAGUUGGAGUUUGAGCAGCAGGCCAGGGACUUUGAGCGGGACGUCAUGCAAUUUAUUGCCGACGGUGGUGUCCGUGCUGCUCAGGAGGGCGUGAACCGCUUUAAACUGCUUGUGCAGGAGGCCACAAGCAACAACGUACUGACGUCUCACGAAAUGGCCAGGUCAAAUGCGACCCUUUCACGACUUCAGGCGCUUAUUGAUGCCAAGCGUGACACAACGAAUCGAGCGAAGGCAUUCAAGUUCUCUUCUCAACCAAAGGCGAAGGGUGCAGUGAUUAUGGAGAUGCAGGCUGCAGCUUCUGCAACGCAGAGGAGCAACGAGGAGCAAAGUCAUGCUAGCAAUGUGUACGGAUAUGCCCGUGACCGGACCCUUUUCGUUGGGCCAUCGAAGGCCGUGUUCUUGCGAGCGUGUGAGAAUUGUGAGAUAUUGAUCUUGCCCGUCCCCGGAACCGUGUUUAUCUCUGACUGCAAAAACUGCAGGGUAUACGUUGCAUGCCACCAGCUUCGGCUAAAAAACGCCACGAAUAUCGAUGUUUACGUCUGGUGUGCAUCGACGCCGAUUAUCGAGUGCUGCAGCGAGAUGCGGUUUGGGCCUUACAGUUGUUGGACAGGACUUCUUCAUUCGACGGUGGAGGGGCACAAUUACGCCACGCACGAAGAGUGGGUGGGGCGUGUCGGGGAGCAGCGAAUCGAUGAGCACACGGCAAACUCGUAUAAAACAGUCGAUGACUUUCAAUGGCUUAGAAAGACACCCAGUCCGCACUGGGGUGUUUUACCGCAGGAGGAGUGGGCAAUGAGUACAGAGCGUUUUAUUCAAGGGGAACCGCCGGCAAAGUGA